AUGACGAACGCACUCGCUCCCUUCACGCUCAAGGGCUUCUACCUCCUCACGUGGGGUACGGCGCUGGGCACCAACGCGUGGCACAUUGUGUCCAUGCACAAGGCCUUCUCGACGCUUGACCGCGAGUCGUUCGCGCACCUCCAGGCGCGCAUGCACCCGGCGUACUUUGGCACAUCGACACUGCUUACGGGCGCACUCCUAGCCACACACCUCUACUUCCACCCUGUUCUGCUGCGCCGCGCCGCGUGGUGGGGCAUCGAGGAGGGCGUGCAGGGUCUGCUGAUUGUCGCAGCGUUUGUACCGCAGCUCAUCAACUGGGUCGCUGUUGGACCGCGCGCUAUCAGGCUCGCGUACGAGCGCCACCGCGCUGAGCGCGCGGGCAAGGAUACUCCCGCCCAGGACCUUGCUGCCGCCACCUCGGCCGUCUCGACCGUCCACGGUGUCAGCAGCGCACUCAACCUCGUAUCUGGGCUUUCGCUCGCCGCCCUCGGUCUCGCCGUCAGCAUGUAG